UUUUGCAGAAUUACUUCUUCAGGGGUUUAGAUGUGAACAAAACCCUUCAGAGCGGCUUGGUGUGAAACGCAGCUUUCUAGAGAGGUUCAGUCAGAAGUUCACCUGUGAGUUGUAGGAACCAGACGUCCAAACCGUUACUGCCUCCGCGCGCUACAUCCCAAUGAGUAACUACGUGAAAUGGUUAGAAAUGCGUUGCUUGGUACCGGAGACCAAUGAUGUGAUGGCUUUGCUGUAAAGUUUUCAGUAUUAGCUGUUAGUCCAGAUGAACUUCCGUGCUUCCUGUCGAACCCCCAUUCUGGACCGAGACCCCUGUGCGCGAGCUCACUGCUCCUGCGGCGGCGGCCGUUCAGCGGGUAACCGCGGCAAGCGACACUGGAACUACGGAAAGCGGAAAGGUUCAAGAGAAGUUUGCACGGCCGCUGUAUUCAGCCAGUCGGCGACGAACAGCACAGAAGUGUCGGUGCUGAGCAAGAAGACAGUGAUGUCUGAUAACAGCACCGGCAGUAGUGAGUCUUCCAGUAACAGCUGGACUCUCCUCUCUCCUGAGGAGGCUGCCAUUGACACUGCUGGACCAGUGGAUGAUGGAACGGAGAGUAUUGGUGAUGCACCAAGCCUUUCAGAGGAAGUUGCAGGAAGCUCUUUGGAGGUGAAGCCAAGUGAGAGUGAAGCCCCGUUGGAGACCAUUUUGUCGGAAGAGGGCCAGCAGGUUUGCCUGGAAACAUCCCCAGAAUUCUUUGAUGAGGUCACAGCUUCAAGCACUGCAGCAGAUGAAGUUGACCCUGAGAUUUGUGCCCCUGUCAUUCAUGAUACCAUAACUAGCUCUCCUCCUGACAAUGACCUUCUUGGUGCAGUUCCCUUUAGCAUUGCUACAGAGUCCUCCCUCUUUCUUUCAGAGGAACCUGCACUUGAGGAGGAGCCUUUCCCUGAUGUUCAGCCCACAUUUGUAAUUCCUCACACAGAAAGCCCUGCUCCUGAACCUACAGUUGAAGGGACCCCUGCUCCUGAACCUAUAGCAGGAGUGACCCCUACCCCUGAACCUACAGCUGAGGUGACCAUUGCCCCUGAACCUACAGCUGAGGUGACCCCUGCCCCUGAACCUACAGCUGAGGUGACCCCUACCCCUGAAACUAUAGCUGAGGUGACCCCUGCCCCUGAACCUACAGCUGAGGUGGCCCCUGCCCCUGAACCUACAGCUGAGGUGGCCCCUGCCCCUGAACCUACAGCUGAGGUGACCCCUGCCCGUGAACCUACAGCUGAGGUGACCCCUGCCCGUGAACCUACAGCUGAGGUAACCCAGGUCCCUGAACCAACAGGAAUAAGCUUCUCCCCAAAGACUCCUGAUUCUCCUCUUCCUGAUGUUACUGCAGACAUAAGCUCCAUCUCUAUUAGUCGUACCUCUGCAAUCCCUGUGGUAAAUAUUCAUGCUGAGGAAAGCCUCAACCCUGAAAGGUCAUCUCCAAGUCUGCCCUCUGAAGCUCAUUUUAGCUCUGUAUCAGAAGGUCCUUUAGUUGUGGGCAUUAACCCAGAAACUGUUGCUAUGUCUACCUUGGAAGAGGAGGAGCCCACAAUACAAAGAGAAGAACCUGAGCCUCCAGAUGAAUUGGUAGAUGUGGCGAGGGAGCCAGAAACACUGUGUGCAGAAGUCUCAAUGGAUUUUCCAGAAGAGAGCGAUGGUCUGCGGCUCCGACAUGUGCAGCACACUGAGGUGAAGAGGCACAGCUCCGAUGAGGAAGAUGAGGAAGAAGAGGAGUUCAGGAUGCCAGAAAGAAAAGAAGAGAAGUCAGGCUUCUCACUGAACCAUCUCAUCGUAGGAGCUCUGGCACUGUUGUGCCUUGGCUCCCUUUUCUUCACGGGUAUCACGGUUGACCAGGCUGGUGAUUUUGAUGGCUCUGAGCUAAGUGACCAGGAACUUCUUGAGAAACUUGCUCAAGAAAACAAACAGAUUUCCAUACUGGAGGCACAAAUACUGUCCCAAAAGGAAGAGUUGGACAGGGCACUGAAGAUGGCUGCAGAUAAAGGAAUUACUGACAAAGAAAAUGCUAAAAUGAAAGAAGAACUAUCUACGUUGCCGGCUCUAAAAGAAGAACUAGAGGCACUUAAAGCCAGGAUCGGUGAACUCGCCCAACUCACAGCUGAGGAAUCCUCUGAAACAUCCCAGAGCUCCAUUUCUUCUUCACCUGGUGUUCCCAGAGAUAUUCAAGGAUCUACAGGACCUGAUAGAUGGUGGGAUAAGCAACAGGAACUAAAAAGACAAAAAACUCUAUUGGAAGAGAGCAGAAAGAGACUGGAAGGGAUAAAGAAACCAGGCUGGCACAAGAAGGGCUUGAGGGAGAGUUUGGUUGAGAUGCAGCAGAGGCUCUCGGAACAGGUGGACUACUUGGGCAAGAGAGAUGAAUGGAAGAGAAAGCACAAGGAGCACAAAGAGGGGAAGAAGGAGUGGGGUGACAAGAAGAGAAACCAGUGGAAGAUGGAGGAGACUGAGAAAAAGUGGAAGCUUGGCAAAGACAAGUAUGAUGGUGGCUCAAAACACAAAGAGCACUUCGUGAAGUACCGUGAGGAGUGGGACCAUAAAAAAGAUGAGAGGAAGCUGGAGCGAGAACGAAGAAAGCAAGAAAGGCCUUGGGAGACCAAGUCUCACCACCAGCAGCAUAAUCAUCAUCAUAAAAAGCAGCAUCAACAGCGUGAGCCAGUGGACUUCUGGAAACACCAAGAGGAGAAACUCAGGAGGAACCAGAACCCUCCUGAACGGUGCCGUGGUGUUGCAGACUGUGCUGAUGCAGAGGGAUUCACUCCUGUCAAGCUGUCAGACUUUCAGGCCCUCCUGGAAAUCUAUCUGAGCAAAUUGGGUGGUGUUGCUGAGGAGAACCUGGAAGCUCUGCGUCGUCUCGUUGCCCAGUUCUUCCAUGGUGGCAUCUUCAGCCACAACAGCAUGCUCUUUAGCGAGUUUGCUGAAGAUGUGGCAGACAUACUGGAGGACCUGGCAGAUGCUUUGAAAGACAAGCAGCAUAGCGGCGACAAUGAAGCAUUGGAGGAGGAAAUGGAGCAGUUUGAGAAGGAGGCCUUGUGGAAAUUUGCUGCAUAAAGCAGCAAAGCUACAAUAUGAAAUGAGCCAUAUGAAGGAAAAAAUAAUAACCCACCAAAACGAAACGCCUGAGAGAGGCUCUCUCCAGACAUUGGCCAUUUUCCCCAGGCUGUGUGGACUCUAACUGUAGUUAGUGCAAAGAGUGUCUUUCUGGAGUCUUGUCCUUUUGUGAAGUUCCAUCUGUUUGUUGGGUGUCCUGUCCCGUGCUACCUCUAUUCUUCGAUGCCAAUCCCCUUGCUUGCUGUGUAAAGGAUCAGUUACUUUUUUGUUGCUUUUUAGUGUCAAGUUAAAAUCAGUUCAUUUUUUAAAAAAAAGAAGGGAUCCUUUGGUCCCUCUAUUGAAUAGUUUUUAGUUUGGCCUUGGCCCAUAAUGUGAGAAGUAAAACCUGGAAAUGUAUCCGUUUGUCCCUGCUGGUUUGGACAACCUGUGCCUGUUAAUACUCACCAUUAUAUUGCUGACCAGUUGAGUGUCACUUCCUGUUCCUGCCCUGUGUAGGUAUGACCACUUUAUUCAGAUCGUUUUUAUUUUUACUUAUGAGGAAAACUGACGGUACUGAUUUGUGUAAUGUGCUGAAAUCUGCGAAAAGGUUAUUAGCAGGGGAACAUGGUACCAGUUUCAUCAGUUUUCAAAUGUCUGCAUAUCAAAAGAUUAAACUACCUACUGCUGUGCACAGUUUUAUCCAAAUUCACAUUCAUAGAGCAGUCUUUGUGAAUUGUAAGGUACUGAAGUAAUUUGAACAGAUUUUUUUUAAUGGAAAAUCUUUGUUUGAUAAUGUGCCUUUAUUUGUCUGGAUGAAAUUCUGUUAGUCAAAUUGUUACAUUAUAUUUCUAUUUAUUGAUGGGAAAAUCCACCAAUUUUUCAACAUUUCUGCAUAUUUCAGUCAUUGUCAUCCAGAGAGGUCUGGUGUGAAAUGGCACAGCUUGGCUUUCUUUUCAGAGGUGGUGAUAGAAAUCAGGGGUUGGAAUAUUAACAACAUAAACAUGGCCAUUUUAUUCACUAUAUAGAACCACCAGUGAUCAUACAUAAUGUUCCUAUAUGUAAUGUUAUCAAUGGUAAAAUGGAGUGAAGUGUUUUGGGGACUGUUUUACCUUACCUGCAUGUGCCCUUACAACAUAAAUAUAUAUAUCAAACAUGAAAAACAUAAAACAAUUCCAUCAGGCAGUGCAUUCAUAAUAAUUUGAAGUCAUAAUUUUCUGUUUUACAUGACUUUUAGAGGAAGAUUUCUAUAACCACCACUGCAAACAGUUCUGACCCUGCAACUUUCUCUAGAACGGAGCAUUUCUCCUCAACUGAAUGACUAUUUACAUCUUAACAAUGAAAGAAAUAAAUAUGAUUGAAUAAGAUAAUUUGGUAGAAUUGGGGGGGGGGGGAGUUCCCCUUUAAUUAAUAUAUAUAUAUAUAUAUAAUAUUCCCUUCCUGCUUGAGGGAAACAGCCAUUGUAUUAAAUCACUGACAGAAUUUCUUGUUUUUCAGUCUCUUUUUACACUUCUAUGGAACACAUAUGAGUUAGGCUUUUUCUAGGCCAAUUUGUAAAUACAAAAAUAAUAAUAAUUGAAUUAAGCCAAGUUCAUUUGGGUCUGAUUAUGGAAUUUAAGACGAUGUAUUUAAGACUCGUAUACGAGAACAAAAUCCUAUGUAAAGCUUUCAUGUCAAAAAGGAAUUUAAUUCAAUGGCUGGACCGGAUUCAGACAAUAACUGAAAAUACUUUUUGAAUGUCAAUAAAAAUUGUGAUGCAUCACCAUUUA